UUGCCAAUUUACACACCCAAACCCCCUCCUAAAAAAAAAGAAAAAAAAAACUUCCUCUCCCUCUUUCUUCCAUCAUACAUACAAGUUUGUUUGUAUAUCGAUAUACUAUACAUACAGCUUUCUGUAUCUAAACAUGCCGAUAUCUACUUCAACAAGAAGAGCAAGCGGACCGGUUCUCCGAUCACAAUCACCUUCUGGAAGGUUCGCAACCACUAGUUCAGCCUUUUCGACCGGAACGACGUCGUUUUUCCAAAACAAAUCGCCGUCGCCGGUGUACGGAUCGUCAUCAUCAUCGCCAGCGUCAUCGGUACGUUUCUCGUUCGAUAACAACCGUCCGAUCUCUCCAAGCAGAUCUAUAUCAUCUCUUCCAAGGAAUCACAGUCAUCAAGCUGUUAAUAAACAGUUAGAUAAACCCAAACGAACCUGUAUGUGCUCACCUACUUCACAUCCAGGUUCCUUCCGAUGCAGUUUACAUAAAUCCUCAAACAAUCACAAUCACGACACCAAUACGGCGUCGUAUCCUUCAAAUCGGCUCAACGCGCGGCGGUCGGCGAUGACUAAUUCGUUAGUGAGGAUCGGAACGGUUGAAGGAGGUGAUUUGGUGAAGAGAGCUUUAGCGGCGUUGAUCCGGCCGUCGUCGCAUCAACAAAGGCGGAGAACGUCGUUUCAGGCUAGGCCGAGCCGGUUAUCUGUUAUGUCUAAAGCAGAGGAUUGUUAGAUUUGGAAACAGUAGUUGAUUUGUUUUUUGAAUUCGAUCGGGACGUACGGAAACAACAAGCCUGAUGAGACCUCUUUAUUAUAUUUGAUUUUGAUGUGUCUGUAUAUAGAUAUAUAGCUGAUGAUGAUAUAUAUAUAUAAAUAUAUCAACCAGUUUUAAUCCGAGCCAGAGUAUACUCUUAUUCA